UGGGUUAGUGUAGCGCCUGGACAGUCUCUGGUGGCACAUAACAAAACCAAAAGUGGAUCAGCGAGAAAUCUGACCAGCUCCCCCUGCAUAAAAUGUCUCUCUUCAUUCGCUUGUUUUACAAGGCUGAAGUUGCUUCUCAUUCGCCAGCUUCUUGUUUGAAUUUAAAUGUCUGAAUGUAAAUGCGGCACCAUUUAAGGUGGAACGGGAAAAUUUGAUAGAGAAGUGACUUCUGCAUCACAGCUUUUUAGUGUUUGACAGUCUCCCAUUGCAGAUUUAACAUUGCAAGAAACCAAGUGCACUGCUUAUAAAUAUGAAUAAGUCUGAUCGUCUUCAAGUGUUCGCACGUCCCGUCUCAAAGAUAGUUUACUGACACAGUGACCCCUGACUCUCUACAACGAGACCAAUUCCGGAGUUAUGAAAUCACUAAAGAAAAUGGGCAGGAUGGAUGUAGCAUGUGCUGCGUGGACAUCUACUGCCACUGGAUCUUAUUUCACCAUAACUGCGCAUUUUAUUGCAGAUGAGUGGUAGCAGCGUCUAAUGUGCUCCAAACAUGCACAGUGUAUGAAAGUCUUCUAGUUUACUUACCACAUCACUUCCAUUUGGUUUAUUAAUAAAAGACAUCGGAAGUAAACUCAUUGUGGACUAUUAUAAAUACUUUGCUUUAAAAGUACCAAGUUCUCACACAGUGAGAAAAAACAAAUCCUGUAAAGAAAAAAAUUGAAAUCAUCUUAUAAUCACAUUGCAGCCUCUGAAUCUUAAUCGAAUCGAAUUGUGAGGUGCCAAGAGAUUCCCACCCCUAAUAAGGACUGAGUAAUUGACAGUCAUUACAGAAUAACUAUUAGAUUAAUGACUAAAUAAUAUACCUGCAGUUAAAGGGUUCAGUUGAAAGAGUUGAAAUAAAAGGAGCCAUUUGUAUCACUGAAGUACACAUGGUAUUGCUAAACAUGCACAGUCAGUAAUAUAUAAUUUCACACUAGAUGUACUAUUCAAACCCAGAGCUUUUCAGUCCACAGUGCAAUAGGUAGCACAUUAAUGCUCCUUAUCUACUGUGAUAGUUUGACAGAGAGUCCAGAGAGAUUUAUGUAAUCUCUUCACUCUGCCCAGACCAACUGAAUGUAACAUUCACGUGGAACCAUACAUACCAUGCACUCUACAGACCCAGAAACAGGUCUUUACAGGAUUUCUUUUUUUUCUAGAAAUUCUUAUGUAAUCUCUUCACUCUGCCCCAGCCCAACUGCAUAUAACACACAUGUUCAGACAAACACACUAUACACUCACACGCUGGACUUCUGCAAACCCCCGUCAUGAUUUUACAGUGCUUAUUUUCCCUUGAUUUCAUGAGCUGUUUGAUAGGAAUUUUUCUUUUCCUGCUGCUGGUCGACAUCAUCAGGAAUAAAAAUCCACCUAAUUUUCCACCAGGACCUCGUCCUCUGCCGUUUGUGGGAAAUAUCUUCACUGGGCUUCACUUCAGAACUAUAGACAAACUCGCUGAGGAGUAUGGGGAGAUUUUCAGCCUGAGGUGGGGCAGUGAGAAAAUGGUGUUUAUCUCUGGGUAUAAAAUGGUGAAGGAGGCCCUCGUCACUCAGCUGGACAGCUUUGCUGACCGUCCUAUCAUCCCUCUGUUUCAUCCAUUCUUCAAAGGACUUGGUGUUAUCCUCAGUAAUGGGUACCUGUGGAAGAUGCAGAGAAAGUUUACCAACAUAUAUCUACGUAACUUUGGUGAGGCUAAGAAGAAUUAUGAGCGGAGUAUCCAGCAGGAGAGCAUCUUUCUCUGUGAAGCUUUCAAAGGGGAAAAAGGUCCAUUUAACCCUCAGUUCUACGUGAACAAUGCCAUUGCAAAUAUCGUGUCUGCUGCACUUUUUGGACAUCGCUUUGAUUAUCAUGAUGAGCGUUUCCAUACUGUCUUGCGUUUGGACUCCGAAGCCCUCGUGUUGUCAGGUUCUGUUCUGGCUCAGCUGUACAACGCCUUUCCACGUCUCUUUGCCUAUGUUCCUGGCCCCCACAAGAAGGUUUUUGCCAACUAUGGCAAAAUUACAGAUUUCUUAAGAGAUGAAAUCAAAAAGCACAAAGAGGACAUUGAUCCAUCGAAUCCACGGGACUUCAUAGAUGCUUAUCUAAUAGAAAUGGAGAAGAAAAGCAGUGACCCUGAAGCUGGCUUUAACAUUGAGACAUUAGUAGUGACUACACUGGAUAUUCUUGAGGCAGGGACAGAAGCUUCAGCCUCAACGAUACGGUGGGGUCUUCUCUUCAUGAUGAAACACCCAGAGAUACAGAAGAAGGUACAAGAGGAGAUAGACAGAGUGAUCGGGCAGUCACGUCAACCCAACAUGGCUGACAAACCCAACAUGCCCUACACUGAUGCGGUCAUCCAUGAGAUACAAAGAGCAGGCAACACUGUGCCUCUGGGUUUCCCUAAAAGAGCCUCUAGAGAUGCAACACUGGGAGGAUACUUCAUACCAAAGGGCACUGCAGUGUCUACAAACCUGUCAUCUCUGCUUAACGACAAGACUGAGUGGGAAACACCAGACACCUUUAACCCAGGACACUUUCUUGAUGAUCAAGGCCAAUUCCGCAAGAGAGAGGUCUUUCUACCCUUUUCAGCAGGUAGGAGGGUGUGUAUAGGGGAACCGCUGGCACGUAUGGAGCUCUUCUUGAUCUUCACCUCACUGCUACAACGCUUUACAUUUACCCCAGGCCCAGGAGAGAAGCUGAGCCUGGAGGGUCUGCUGGGUUUCAUAUAUGUCCCCAGCCCUUACCACAUGUGUGUGACUCAGCGCUGAACCUCCAUACACAAAGACUGAGAGAUACACAAUAUGGACAAAAGUAUUAAGAUAAGAUAAGAUAAUAAAAGAUAAGAUAAGAUAAGAGAAGAUAAGAG